AUUCUAGGAAGAAGAAGAAGAACAACAACAAGACGUGAGCAGUGCAGCAGAAAGCGUCUGUUAAAUUUCUGUCCACAGGUGUGUCUGUGUCCGCGGUCAGUGUGAACGGAAUGGUGUCGGUCCCGGUGUGGUGACCGGCCGCGGAACCAGCUGAUAGACCGGACCGCAGUCGGGAGAGGAACAACAUGGCCGACGAAGCUGCUUUCCAGUUUUUACACAACGAAGUGAUACAAUACAUUUACAAGUCAGCUGAGAGCGGAGAGACGGAGAAUGGGAGACAUAUCGCCAAACUGGAGAAUAUGGGAUUCAGGGUCGGCCAGGGGCUAAUAGAGAGACUAACAAAAGACACAGCACGGUUCAAAGAUGAGCUGGACAUCAUGAAGUUUGUCUGCAAAGACUUCUGGACCUGUGUGUUCAAGAAGCAGAUCGACAACCUUCGGACCAAUCACCAGGGCAUCUAUGUUCUCCAGGACAACAAGUUCCGCCUGCUGAGUCAGCUGUCCGCUGGGAAACAGUAUCUGGAACACGCCCCAAAGUAUCUGUCCUUCUCCUGUGGUCUGGUGAGAGGAGCGCUGUCCAGCCUGGGGGUGAAGAGUAUCGUGACUGCUGAGGUGUCCAUCAUGCCUGCGUGUAAAUUCCAGAUCAUGAUCCAGAAAAUGUAGCGACUAGCUUAGCCACACUAACUCUGCACUCUUCUGCCUUCAUAUGUUCUUGCAUUUUUGUCAUUAAAGGGAAAUGCGUCCAUUUUUCAUCAUUAAAAUAUUCUCCUAUUAACUUUAAAUUGCAGUUACAAUUUCAUUUAUGAUUGACAAAAGUUAUAUGAAUAACCCUUGAUGCCAUGAUGAUUAUUUCUGAGAAUGAUUUUAUGUUAUUUCUUUUUAUAUAAAGUCUGAGUCAUUAAAUGAAUGUGUAAGUAUUCUCAUUAUGGAAGGUCUGUGGCACCCUCUGGUGGCACAGGUAAAAUGUCAGUUUGAAAUGAUACUGAGUAAAGUGUGAAUCCAUUUUAAUAAAUGAUCAAAUGUAUUGAAGUA